UAAAACGGGCGGAUUUGAAUUUUGUGACGGUUUAGCGCUCAUAAUGGUGGAAGCUCGCAGUUCAGUGUUUAACAUUGUGCUGUAGAAUUGGGUUGUUCGCGACUGAAAUAGAAUAUAUCACCGCUCGGAUUAUCACGGAGAGGCCACUGAUAAACAAACACAGCGGUGGUGAACGUGAGGAUCGGUGUGUCAGACUCUCCACCAUGACCUCCCUGGGAAGUAGCAGCUCUUCUGCAACGGAGUAUAUUGUCAGAGUGCCUAAAAACACUAGCAAAAGGUACAGCAUCAUGGCUUUCAAUGCUGGCGACAAGGUCAACUGUUCCACUUGGACCCAGGCACGGAUGGAGCGAGACAUGAGCAACAAGCGAAUGUACAGUGAGGAGGAGACAGUAGAGAGUGGUGCUGGAAGUGAGUUUGGCAAGAAGCAAAGAGAAGAAGCCCGCAGAAAGAAGUUUGGUAUAGUCACACGGGAGUUCCGUGCUGAGGACCAGCCCUGGAUCCUGAAGGUCAAUGGGAAGGCAGGGAGGAGAUUCAAGGGACAGAAGAAGGGAGGAGUAACAGAAAACGCCUCCUACUACAUCUUCACACAGUGCCCAGAUGGAGCUUUUGAAGCUUUCCCUGUCCAUGGCUGGUACAACUUCACCCCCCAGGCCAAACACCGCACACUGACUGCUGAAGAAGCAGAGGAGGAGUGGGGGAGGAGGAAUAAAGUGGUGAAUCAUUUCAGCAUCAUGCUGCAGCGACGCCUGCGUGAGCAGGAACGUGGGGAGGAUGAGGAGGAGGAUGGAGAAAAAGCUGGGAAGAAGAAGAAAAAGAAAAAGGGCGACAAAGGCAGCGACCUAAGGAUCCAUGACCUGGACGAUGACUUGGAAAUAAGCAGUGAUGACAGUGAUAGCAGCUUGGCUGAGGAUGGGGAGAGCAAACCAAAGGUCAAGAAAGAAAAUGACAAGAAGGGAAAGGGCAAGAAAAAGAAGCGGAAGAAGGGAAGCGACAGCGAGGCCCUGGAGGACAGUGACGAUGGAGACUUUGAGGGGCUUGAGGUGGACUACAUGUCAGAUGAGAGCAGUUCCGAAGAAGAAGAGCAGGAGAAGUUGAAGCCCAACAAGGGAGAUGAUGUCCCUAAAGGGAUUGAUGAAGCCUCUGAGAGUGAAGAGGAGAGUGAGGAGGAGAGGCCUAAUGAGGAAGAGGGGAAAGAAGAGGCAGAGGAAGAGGGCAAGAAGACUCCAGUCCAGCAGGAGAAGAAGAAAAGGCGAGACAGCAGCGAAGAAUCGGACAGCUCUGAGGACAGCGAUAUCGAUGGGGAGGCCUCCUCAGCCCUAUUCAUGGUGAAGAAGCGCACCCCGCCAAAGCGUGCAGGGGGUCGAGGCUCUGGUGGCAGCUCUAGAACAGGCAGCCGUCCUGGGACACCAUCUAUGGACAGCGCCUCCACCUCCAAUACACUCCGCGCAGCAGCCAGCAAGCUGGAGCAAGGCAAACGGCAGACACCAGGUGCCUCUAGCUCGGACACACCGGCUGCCAAAAGGCUGAAGAUGGAACCUAGCCCCCAGAGCCCCUCAGGCAAGGCCACCCCACAGCCUACCUCCGGGAAGUCGACCCCUAGCUCAAGUGAUGUGCAGCUGACUGAGGAUGCUGUGCGACGUUACCUGAUCCGCAAGCCCAUGACCACCAAGGAUCUGCUAAAGAAGUUCCAGACCAAGCGCACUGGCCUGAGCAGCGAGCAGACAGUGAAUGUGCUAGCCCAGAUCCUGAAGAGGCUCAACCCUGAGAGGAAGAAUAUCAAUGACAAGAUGCACUUCUACCUCACAGAGUAAACGGCGCUCAGGGCCAAUGGUUGCCCAUGGGCUCGCCAAACCAAGACAUGGCACAGAGAGAAGGAGAUAAAUCCUAUACACCAGUCAAUGAAGUCAGUUACCGCUCUUGCAGACUUAACUCGCUCUACUUCAUGGCACUAGGCCAUAUCAGCGGGUGUGUGGCGUAAGAUACCAUUAGAGAACCAUUUUUAAAAUUAUAUGUUCGUAGUUUUUCAUUCAGUUAGAUAAGCUGCACUAGCAGCAUUUUUCUUCUGUUUGUUUUAAAAGACUGACAGAGAGAAAGAGACUUGUGAUUUGUA